AAUCUCUAAUUCCUUAAUCUCCUGAAUGCUAAAGAUAAUAAUUUAAAAGUAAUUAACUAAAACAAUUAGUGAUUAUUAAUCUGUGGAGCUUCAAUGGCAAAGGGUCGAAAGCUGACGGUAAGCCAGAGCGAGAGGUAUCUAGGAAGCAGCUAUGGUUACGGUGACAGUAACGGAAACUCCGUCACCGACGAAUCAGAGCUCACGGAAGAGGAUAUCUGGUCACACGCCGUCGAUCAUAGCCCCGAGGAUCGGUCGGAGAUGCCCGAAUUGCUAGGCGCGUGGUCUCCACGCGAUGCGUUGGUGAGGAACGGGCGCGUGCGCGGUGGUCUGUCUCUGGCGUUUGAGGACACGUCAUCAUCGCCGAGGAUCGUGCACCAGAUACGCGGCGGAGGAGAAGGAGGCGGUGGAGGAGGAGGAGGAGGAAUCCAGCGGCAAUUGGCGUCGUCGGCGCCGGUAAACGUGCCGGAUUGGAGUAAAAUCUACCGAGUCAACUCGGUUGAGUCGAUACACGAGUCGGAUGAAGAGGACGAGGAAGACUCCGGGAUGAUGCCGCCGCACGAGUACCUGGCGAAGAGCCAAAAGCGACGGAGCAGGAAAUCUGGUGGCGGCGGAGGAGGCUCGGUGUUUGAAGGAGUUGGAAGGACUCUCAAAGGUCGAGAAUUAAGGCGCGUUCGUGACGCGAUUUGGAGCCAAACAGGGUUCUACGGCUAAAUUAAUUAGUACUAAUACAUAUAUAAUUAAGAAACAUUUUAAAAAUUUGGAAAAAAAUUUGCUUGUUUUGUCAGGGUGUAGAAUUAAUUUUGAAACUUUCUUGAAUCCCAAGCGUGAGAUAUAAGACUUAUUUGGCUUUCCAUGCAGAUGUUCUUUUUUUUUUGUUUCUUUUUAGAUUUCUAAAUGAAUUGUUGGAUAAUUUUCAUGAACCUCAUGCGCUAUUUGUAUAUUUUUUUUAUCGUAUUGAUUAAUUUUAAGAUUUUUCAUGUCAUUA